AAUUCUUGCUAGCUUGAUGUAUUUCACACGAAUGAGUCGCGUUAAAGUGACGCAGCUGUGUCUAAAAUAAGCCUCUCUUGCAGCUGAACAUGGCGGCGCUGCUGAGAGGUCUGCGGGCUGGAAGGACACUUCGGGGGCUGGGCAGCGUGGUGGCUGUACCAACUACAUCAAACCCCCAGUGUUGCAGUCUGAGACGAGACUUCCAUCGUGCACUGAGGCUUCAGGAAGAAUCCAAAUCUGACAAACCCUCCUCCUCAUCCACCACCUACCAUGAGCACUACACAGCUCACUCUGCUGAACAGGACACAUCUGACCCAGCAGCGGAGAACGCUUCCAGGCCCAACACCGGUUACCAGGACCAGGGCGGAGAGCAGGGUGAGGAAUACGAAACAGAGGAGCAGCUUCAAGCUCGAAUCCUGACUGCUGCUCUGGAGUUCGUCCCACUGCACGGCUGGUCGAUGGAAGCCAUGGCAGCCGCUGCUGAGACACUGGGCCUGUCCUCUGCUUCCACUGGUAUGUUCAAUAACGGAGCUGGAGACUUGGUCCUACACUUCAUCGCACAGUGCAACUCACAGCUGACAGAGAUCCUGGCUGAACAACACAACCAGGUCCAGCUGGGCCAGGCAGAACCAAAGAAGACUGCUGAAUUUCUAAGAGAUGCUGUAGAGACCAGACUGAGGAUGUACAUCCCGUACAUUGAAUCAUGGCCACAGGCUAUGAGCAUCCUGCUCCUUCCUCACAACAUCCCAGACAGCCUGAAGCACCUUUCCACCCUGGUGGAUGACAUCUGGUACUACGCCGGAGACCGAUCCACAGACAUGAACUGGUACACCAAACGGGCAGCGCUGACAGGCAUCUACAACACGACAGAGCUGGUGAUGGUCCAGGAUUCCUCUCCAGAUUUCCAAGACACCUGGAACUUCCUUGACAACCGGAUUCAGGAUGUGGUCAACAUGGCCACCACAGCCAAACAGGUACAGUCGACUGGUGAAGCAGUGGUGCAGGGACUCAUGGGAGCUGCUUUCACACUGAAGAACCUCACGGGAUUGAACCAGAAACGAUGAUGUAAAACAUCUCUCACUCACACUGAUCCCGACUGUCUGGCUUAUCAUGAGCUGAAGACCAGUUGUCUUUUUGCUCUUAUUCCUGAAAGUAUUAUGGCUUUUAUUCAGCAAGAGAAAACUAUUAUUUGUCACCAGCCAUAGGUCUCUGUUUCUGUUCACCUGCAGGACCAGUGGCUUUGUCUUCACUCUUCCUGCUCAGAUCAUUUUUUCCCUUUUGUAUAAAAGGACGCCACGAUCUGUAAUUUUGUUGAUGGAUCAAGACUUCAAUAAAGUAGUUAUUGCGUAUUUAA